UGGGAGGUAGGAGGAGACUCAGCAACCAAACUCAAUUUACAAAAGAAGAAGAAGAAGAAAAGAAGAGUAAUCGAAGAAGAAGAAGAAGAUUAGUUAUCGUGAGCUAUUGGAGAAACUCGUUUCGAUUCGUUUCUACCAAGUUUUUUGUUUGUAUAACGAUGUCGAGUCCUAUGGAGUCCUCUGAUUUCGCCGCUACACGGAGAUUUUCAAGGAAGCCGAGCUUCUCUCAGACGUGUAGUCGUUUGAGUCAGUAUCUGAAGGAGAACGGUAGCUUUGGAGAUCUGAGCUUAGGGAUGGCAUGCAAGCCUGAGGUCAACGGCAUCUCUCGUCAGCCCACAACAACCAUGAGUUUAUUCCCUUGUGAAGCUUCCAACAUGGAACCCAUUGGCCAAGAUGUUAAACCAAAAAAUCUGUUUCCCAGGCAACCAAGUUUUUCUUCCUCAUCCUCCUCUCUCCCCAAAGAAGAUAUCCUAAAAAUGACACAGGCUACUUCUUCCACUAGAUCUGUGAAACCAGAGCCUCAAACUGCACCGUUGACUAUAUUUUAUGGCGGGCAAGUGAUUGUGUUCAAUGACUUUUCUGCUGAGAAAGCCAAAGAAGUGAUGGACUUGGCGAGCAAAGGAACCGCUAAUACCUUCACCGGUUUCACAUCUAAUGUCAACAACAACAUCCAGAGUGUUUACACUACUAAUCUAGCCAAUAACCAAACAGAGAUGAGAAGUAACAUCGCUCCUAUCCCAAACCAACUUCCUCAUCUCAUGAAAACCACAACACAAAAUCCAGUUCAAUCCUCCUCAACUGCAAUGGCAUGCGAACUUCCUAUUGCUAGACGAGCUUCACUCCAUCGGUUCUUGGCCAAGAGAAAGGACAGGGUUACUUCAAAGGCACCAUAUCAACUAAACGAUCCAGCCAAAGCGUCUUCAAAGCCUCAAACCGGAGACAACACCACCUCUUGGCUCGGUUUAGCAGCUGAAAUGUGAAGGACAUCGCUAAACCACCACAAACCGUACCGGGGUAUUCUUUUGACGUCUCAUCAAUAAACAAGAUAUAUAUGAAAAGCUCCUGCCUCAUGGUUCUUAGUUCGCGUUUGACUAUAUUUUAGAACUAUUUAAUCGCUAGGAAACUUCAUAUAUUUGUAUGUAUAUGUUUAUGAUUAGCGAUCAAUUCUUGUUAGCGCCUGUCUUUUGCUAGGUAAUGUAUCAUGUCUGUCUAAAUCCUCUUUCUCUGGGCUGUCUCAUAACUAGUCUCGUAUGUUACUGAGUUUGUAAGAACAACAAAUUUUGUUGACGACAAUGCUACUUGAUAGUUUUAAUUUUAA